AGUUCAGUUUGAGAUUCAAGGGGUGACGGCGUUUCGUAGAUAACAUCAUGUGCACUUCUUCAUACUGAGACAUAAGAAAAUAAAUUUGGUGAUUUGUUAGUGCGCGAAAGUGUGGAUCUUUCCACAAGAUGGCCGAAGCGGAAGGAGGAUCUGAGCAAGAUGAUGUUUCAUUCUUGCGCACGGAAGACAUGGUUUGUCUCUCGUGCACAGCAACUGGCGAACGCGUUUGCUUAGCAGCUGAAGGAUUCGGCAAUCGACAUUGUUUUCUUGAGAAUAUCGCCGACAAGAAUAUUCCUCCUGACUUGUCACAGUGUGUCUUCGUCAUCGAGCAGGCUCUGUCAGUGCGAGCCUUGCAGGAACUUGUCACAGCCGCUGGAUCUGAAACCGGAAAGGGAACAGGAUCUGGGCACAGAACACUCCUCUAUGGCAAUGCCAUUCUUCUGCGCCAUCAGAACAGUGACAUGUACUUGGCCUGCCUGUCCACGUCCUCCUCCAAUGACAAGCUGUCCUUCGACGUGGGCCUUCAGGAGCACAGCCAAGGCGAAGCGUGCUGGUGGACAGUACAUCCUGCCAGCAAGCAGCGAUCCGAGGGCGAGAAGGUGCGUGUCGGCGACGACCUGAUUCUCGUGUCUGUCGCCACAGAGCGCUAUCUGCACACCACCAAGGAGAACGACCAGUCCAUCGUGAACGCCAGCUUUCACGUCACGCAUUGGUCCGUGCAGCCCUACGGCACGGGCAUCUCGCGCAUGAAGUACGUCGGCUACGUCUUUGGCGGAGACGUGCUGAGAUUCUUCCACGGCGGCGACGAGUGUCUCACGAUCCCGAGCACGUGGGCCAACGAACCGGGUCAAAACAUGGUGAUUUACGAAGGCGGUUCGGUGAUGUCUCAAGCCAGAUCUCUGUGGCGACUGGAGUUGGCGAGGACGAAGUGGUCAGGAGGCUUUAUCAAUUGGUAUCAUCCGAUGAGGAUUCGCCACUUGACAACUGGGCGAUAUUUGGCCGUCAAUGAGAACAACGAACUCAUGCUCGUGCCGAAAGAUGAUGCCACAAUUUCUUGCUCGACAUUUUGCCUGCGCCAAGAAAAGGACGACCAGAAGAUCGUGCUGGAGGACAAGGAUUUGGAGAUAAUUGGGGCGCCAAUAAUCAAGUACGGUGACUCAACUGUGAUUGUGCAGCACUCAGAGUCGGGCCUCUGGUUGAGCUACAAGAGCUUCGAGACGAAGAAGAAAGGCGUGGGAAAAGUGGAGGAGAAGCAAGCUGUGCUGCACGAGGAAGGCAAGAUGGACGAUGGACUGGACUUCUCGCGCUCUCAAGAGGAAGAGUCCAAGACGGCACGAGUGAUCAGGAAGUGCAGUAGUUUGUUUACGAAAUUCAUUAAUGGUUUGGAGAGACUUCAGGAAAAUCGACGCCACUCAAUCUUCUUCCAAACAGUGAAUCUCUCUGAGAUGGUGAUGUGUCUUGAGGACUUGAUCAACUACUUUGCCCAACCGGAGGACGAUAUGGAGCACGAAGAGAAGCAGAAUCGCUUCCGUGCGCUGAGAAAUCGUCAGGAUCUGUUCCAAGAGGAGGGAGUUCUGAAUUUGAUCCUCGAGGCAAUUGACAAGAUCAACGUGAUCACGUCCCAAGGCUUCCUGGCCAGCUUCCUGGCCAGUGACGAGAGUGGGCAGAGCUGGGAACUCAUCUCGGGAUAUUUGUACCAACUUUUGGCGGCCAUCAUCAAGGGAAAUCACACAAAUUGCGCCCAAUUUGCAAACACCAACAGAUUGAAUUGGCUCUUCUCGCGUCUUGGCUCUCAAGCCUCCAGCGAAGGAUCUGGCAUGCUCGAUGUGCUCCACUGCGUGCUCAUCGACUCACCAGAAGCGCUGAACAUGAUGAGGGACGAACACAUCAAAGUGAUCAUUUCGCUGUUGGAGAAGCACGGCAGGGAUCCCAAAGUCCUGGAUGUGUUGUGUUCGCUGUGCGUGGGAAAUGGCGUCGCCGUGCGCUCGUCGCAAAACAACAUUUGCGACUUCCUCCUGCCCGGCAAGAAUCUCCUGCUGCAGACGCAAUUGGUGGAUCACGUGGCGAGCAUUCGGCCGAACAUCUUCGUCGGUCGCGUCGAGGGAUCCGCCAUGUACCAGAAGUGGUACUUCGAGAUCACGAUGGACCACAUCGAGCAGACCACUCACAUGAUGCCUCAUCUGCGCAUCGGCUGGGCCAACACGUCCGGCUACGUGCCUUAUCCGGGCGGCGGCGAGAAGUGGGGCGGCAACGGCGUCGGCGAUGACUUGUACUCCUUCGGCUUCGAUGGCGCCCAACUGUGGACCGGCGGCCGGCGGAUUCCCAUUGUGCCCGGCGACGUGCAGGAGCCGUUCAUCAGGAAGGGCGACGUGAUUGGAUGUGCCCUGGACUUGACAGUGCCGAUCAUCACGUUCACAUUCAAUGGGGCCAAAGUGCGCGGAAGCUUCCGGAAUUUCAAUCUCGACGGCAUGUUUUUCCCCGUUCUCAGUUGCUCGUCCAAAUUGAGUUGUCGCUUCUUGCUGGGCGGCGAUCAUGGACGGCUGAAGUAUGCGCCGCCGCUCGGCUUCUCGCCACUCGUGCAGUGCCUUAUGCCACACCAAGUGCUGAGUCUGGAUCCGUGCUUCUACUUCGGCAAUUUGCACAAGAACGUCUUGGCCGGACCGUGGCUAGUCGAAGACGACACACCGUUUGUGCCUCAGCCCGUGGACACAGUCAAUGUCGGUCUGCCGUCCUUUGUGGACACAAUCAAGGACAAACUGGCGGAGAACAUCCACGAGAUGUGGGCGCUCAACAAGAUCGAGGCCGGCUGGUGUUGGGGUGAGUAUCGGGAUGAUCUGCACAAGAUUCAUCCGUGUCUCACGCAAUUCGAGCGCCUGCCCGCCGCCGAGAAGCGCUACGACUGCCAACUGGCCGUGCAGACGCUCAAGACAAUCAUCGCCCUCGGCUACUACAUCACGCUGGACAAGCCGCCGGCGCGCAUUCGGCCCAUUCGCCUGCCCAACGAGCCCUUCAUGCAGGCCAACGGCUACAAGCCGGCGCCACUGGAUCUCAGCGCUGUGACUCUGACGCCGAAGCUGGAAGAGCUCGUGGAUCAGCUGGCGGAGAACACGCACAAUCUGUGGGCCAAGGAGAGAAUCCAACAGGGCUGGACGUACGGACUGAAUGAGGACUCGGAGAACCACAGAAGUCCCCACUUGGUGCCCUACGUCAAAGUGGACGAGGCCAUCAAGAAGGCCAACAGGGAUACAGCUUCGGAAACUGUCCGGACACUCCUGGUCUACGGCUACAAUCUGGAUCCGCCCACGGGGGAGGGAAAUGAGGCUCUUCUGGCUGAGGCGCAACGACAGAAAUUUGCUGCAUUUCGAACAUAUCGAGUGGAGAAGAAUUACGCUGUUACAUCGGGAAAGUGGUAUUUCGAAUUUGAAGUACUCACGGCAGGACCAAUGCGGGUUGGCUGGGCCAGAGCCGAUUGCAAUCCAGGAAUGAUGCUCGGCAGCGACGACAGCACUUGGGCCUUUGACGGAUACAAUGAAGAAAAAGUUUCGGGGGGCUCAACUGAGUCCUUUGGCAAACAGUGGGUUCCUGGUGAUGUCGUUGGUGUCUUCCUUGAUUUGGUGGAUCACACCAUCAGCUUUUCCCUCAAUGGCGAACUGUUGAUGGACGCUUUGGGAGGCGAGACAACUUUUGCCGAUGUGACGGCCGAUGGCGUUGGCUUCGUGCCAGCCUGCACACUCGGGGUGGGACAGAAAGCUCGACUGAUUUACGGUCAGAAUGUGGACUCGCUGAAGUGGUUCACCACGUGUGGCCUUCAGGAAGGAUACGAACCAUUCUGCGUGAAUAUGAGGCGACCAGUGACGCAUUGGUACACGAAAGAUCAACCCAUCUUCGAGAAUACAGAAGACUUUAUCGACUGUCGAAUUGAUGUUACGAGAAUUCCGGGCGGUGCAGACACGCCGCCAUGUCUGAAGAUCUCCCACAACACUUUCGAGACGAUGGAAAAGGCCAAUUGGGAAUUCCUCAGACUUUCACUACCAGUCAUUUGCCAAAGUGCAUUUAUAACAGAAACGGAUAAAAUGCAUCGCUGGGAAGAAAUUAAGAUGCGUCAGAAUCGCAUCUUGGCCGAAGUUGAGCAAACGACUCCGGCACACUUUGAUCACAUUAUGAGGAGUGGUUUCACCAUGAAUGACAUCAAAGGUCUGCACAGGAACUACAAUGAAGACGCCGCGGAGGCUGAUGAGCAAAUGCUGCGUCCGAAUCCGGCGCGGCCGCCGCGGAAAGGAUCUCUAUCGCGGGGAAGCAUUGCUGCUUAUGACCCGCAAACGCUGGACAUCAAUUCCAAGAUUCAGCGAUCCACCAGCGAAUUGGAUAUGAAUGCGUAUGGAGAGAUUGGAGAGAAGGACGACAAGAAGAAGCGUGGACGAAGUCCGUUCAAGUUCUUCUCCAAGAAGCGUGAUCAGAGCAAAGACAAACUCAAGUCGAAGACACCAGAACCGGCUGACCGCCGAGAAGGCGCUGCGCAAGGUCGCAAUGUCAUCCAAUCCCAGACGAUGACACGCGCACCAACGGUGAGGAUCUCGAAUGCCGAUUUGCGGGUUCAGCCCCCAGCUGUGCCGGAUCGUCCGAAGACAAUGACCGUUAACUCCUUGGGCGGCAGUCCAAUUGAGUCGGUGGGCAAUGAAGUCUACGACGCCGAGUGCCUGAAGUUGAUCAACGAGUACUUCUACGGCGUCCGCAUUUUCCCCGGACAGGACCCGACGCACGUGUGGGUCGGCUGGGUCACGACGCAGUACCACCGGCACAGCAAUGAGUUCAAUCAGCAGACCGUGCGGCGCGCCAGCGUGGCUAUGGAGGAUGACUACGAGACGGUGGUGGGCCAGGUGAAUCGACAGAGUUGCUACAUGGUGCGCGCCGAUGAAUUGUUCAAUGAGGUGACACAGGACGCGUCGGGCAAGGGAGCGUCGCAGGGGAUGUUUGUGGGGUGCUUCAUCGACACGGCCACCGGCACCAUCAGGUUCACGUGCGAGGGCAAGGAGACAUCGCACAAGUGGGUGAUGGAGACGGACAUGAAGCUCUUUCCCGCCAUCUUCGUGGAGGCCACGAGCAAGGAAGUGCUGCAGAUUGAGCUGGGCCGCACGCCGACCACUCUGCCACUGUCCGCCGCCGUUCUGCCCACCGGCGACAAGCAUGUGAACCCCCAAUUCCCACCCAGACUCAAGGUGCAGUGCCUGAAGCCUCACCAGUGGGCCAGAGUGCCCAAUAAUGCUCUGCAAGUGCACGCGCUGAAGCUCUCCGACAUCCGAGGCUGGUCAAUGCUGUGCGAAGAUCCGGUGUCGAUGCUGGCGCUGCACAUCCCCGAGGAGGAUCGCUGCAUUGAUGUCCUGGAGCUGAUCGAAAUGGACAAGCUGCUGUCCUUCCACUCACACACCCUCACUCUCUACGCCGCCCUCUGCUACCAAUCCAACUACCGUGCUGCUCACGCCCUGUGCCUUCACGUCGACCAGAAGCAGCUGCUCUACGCCAUCAAGUCAGAGUACAUGAGCGGACCACUGCGCCAAGGCUUCUGCGACCUCCUCAUUGCGCUCCAUCUGGAGUCGCACGCCACAACCAUGGAAGUCUGCAAAAACGAGUUCAUUAUUCCUCUUGGACCGGAGUUGGCGGAAUUGUACAAAGACACAGAGAUGUGUCACUCUCUGAGGUCACUCCAGACUGAAUCUGUGAGACCUCAAAUGAAGAUGACGGAAAUUGCUGUUCCGUUGCCAAAUGUACCAAUAGUAGUGGCCAAUGGUGUUUCCAGUGAGCCUAUUCCGACCAUUGAUGCACUGUACUCGCCGCGCUUCCCCCUCGAGGUCGUCCGCGAGUUCGUCAUGGAGGCUCUGGCGGAGGCUGUUGAAAUCAACCAAGUGCACAACCGCGAUCCCAUCGGCGGAUCCAAUGAGAACUUGUUCUUACCGCUGAUUAAGUUGUGUGAUCGUCUUCUCCUUGUGGGCAUCCUGAAGGAUGAGGACAUUGAGAAGCUCCUGAUAAUGAUUGAUCCCGAGACGUGGGACAGUGGCUUCGACAGAGAAGGCAAGGAUGAGCAUCGCAAGGGACUGUUGACAAUGAAAAUGGCCGAAGGCGCUAAGCUGCAAAUGUGCUAUCUUCUGCACCAUCUCUGCGAUAUGCAGUUGCGCCAUCGUGUUGAGAGCAUCAUUGCCUUCUCCAACAACUUCGUGGGUGAUCUGCAAUCAGAUCAAUUGAGACGAUACAUUGAGAUCAAGCAAUCAGAUUUGCCCAGUGCUGUAGCCGCCAAGAAGACGAGGGAGUUCAGAUGUCCGCCGCGAGAGCAGAUGAACGCCAUUCUCAGUUUCAAGGCACUGGAGGAUGAUGACAUUGAGAACUGUCCGUGUGGCGUUGAACUUCGUGAUGGUCUCAAUGCCUUCCACGGACAACUGAUGACGAAGGUGAGCCUGAGUGCUCUGCAAGACUCCGAAGAGGCGGACGCUGGUGCUGCUGACACAGGGAAGACAGGUCCGCUGUCGAAGCUGUUCAACUUCAUCAACACCGUGAAGGAGCUGGAGGAGGAACCGACAGAACAUGUAGAACCAGAGAAGAAAACACCCGAAGAGAUCUUCCGCAAAGUGCUGAUCAAAACCAUAGUUUCGUGGGCUGAAGAGUCACAAAUAGAAACACCGAAACUUGUACGGGAGAUGUUUGGACUCCUCGUGCGACAGUACGACACUGUUGGUGAGCUGAUCAAGGCACUGGAGAAGACGUAUGUGAUCAACAGCAAGACGAAGAACGACGUUGCAGGCAUGUGGAUUGGUCUGAGUCAGAUUCGUGCACUGUUGCCGGUGCAAAUGAGUGAGGAAGAGGAGAAACUCAUGCGAACGCGAUUGUGGAAGUUGGUGAACAAUCACACAUUCUUCCAGCAUCCGGACUUGAUUCGAAUCCUGCGCGUGCACGAGAACGUGAUGGCGGUGAUGAUGAACACGCUGGGCAGAAGAGCGCAAGCACAGAGCGACGCUCCGGUGCAGAGUGAAGGUGGUGAACCGCCGGUGAAGGAGAAGGACACAUCUCACGAGAUGGUGGUGGCUUGCUGUCGCUUUCUGUGCUACUUCUGUCGCACAAGUCGACAGAAUCAGAAAGCCAUGUUCGAUCACUUUGACUUCCUGCUGGAGAACUCCAAUAUUCUCCUGUCGCGACCAAGUCUUCGCGGUUCAACACCUCUAGACGUGGCCUACUCCAGUCUGAUGGAGAACACCGAAUUGGCUCUGGCCCUCCGAGAGCACUACCUGGAGAAGAUCGCCGUUUAUCUGUCGCGAUGCGGUUUGCAAAGCAAUUCUGAACUGGUGGAGAAAGGCUAUCCGGACUUGGGCUGGGAUCCUGUGGAGGGUGAGCGAUAUCUAGACUUCCUGCGCUUCUGCGUCUGGGUGAAUGGCGAGAGUGUCGAGGAAAACGCCAAUCUCGUCAUUCGGCUCCUCAUUCGUCGACCCGAGUGUCUCGGGCCGGCACUCCGAGGCGAAGGCGAAGGUCUGCUCAGGGCCAUCAUUGAUGCCAACAAGAUGUCCGAACGGAUCGCCGAUCGGCGCAAGCUGCAGGACGAGGCCGAGGGCACAAUGGCUGGUCUCACGUUCAAUCAUCCUCUGCCGGAGAGUGACGAUGAUGAGGACUACAUCGACACCGGAGCGGCCAUUCUCUGCUUCUACUGCACCUUGGUUGAUCUGCUCGGCCGGUGCGCCCCGGAUUCAGCUGUGAUUGCCCAGGGGAAAAACGAAUCACUGAGAGCUCGCGCCAUUUUGAGAUCUUUAGUGCCACUUGAAGACUUACAAGGUGUCUUGAGUCUCAAGUUUACGCUGCAAAAUCCAGCGCCAGGCGAAGAGAAACCCAAGUCAGACAUGCCAUCUGGACUCAUUCCGGGUCACAAGCAAAGUGUUGUGAUGUUUUUAGAGCGAGUUUAUGGCAUUGAAACGCAGGAAUUGUUUUACAAACUCUUAGAAGAAGCCUUCCUUCCCGAUCUUCGAGCUGCAACUAUGCUUGAUAGGAAUGACGGCUCAGAGAGCGACAUGGCCUUGUCUAUGAAUCGCUACAUUGGCAAUUCAAUUCUUCCACUUCUCAUUCAACACUCCAAAUUCUACAUGGAGGCUGAGAACUACGCCAGCCUCUUGGACGCAACGCUGCACACAGUCUAUCGCCUGUCCAAGAACCGCAUGCUGACGAAGGGUCAGCGAGAGGCUGUGUCGGACUUCUUGGUCGCUCUCACGGCUCAGAUGCAGCCGUCGAUGCUGCUGAAGCUCCUACGAAAGCUCACUGUGGACGUGUCGCGUCUGUCUGAGUACACGACAGUCGCUCUGCGUCUCCUCACGCUGCACUAUGAUCGGUGCGCCAAGUACUACGGGUCGAGUGGAGGACAGGGCGCUUAUGGGUCUUCUUCUGAUGAGGAAAAAAGACUCACAAUGCUGCUGUUCUCGAAUAUCUUUGACUCCCUCAGCAACAUGGAUUACGAUCCUGAGCUGUUCGGCAAGGCACUGCCAUGUCUCAUUGCCAUCGGAUGCGCCCUGCCGCCGGAUUACAGUCUGUCGAAGAACACCGAUGAGGACUUCUACGGAAAGCCCGCCACCUCCGCGGCACCGGAUCAGCCACAGUACAAUCCGCAGCCGAUCAACACGAGCGCCGUGGUGCUGGACAACGAUCUCAACUCCAUCGUGCAGAAGUUCAGUGAACACUACCAUGACGCUUGGGCGAGUCGGAAGCUUGAGGCUGGAUGGUCAUUUGGUGAGCAGUGGUCAGACAGCCAGAAAUGCCAUCCGCGCCUCAAGCCGUACAACAUGCUCAGCGACUACGAGCGCGAGCGCUACAAGGAGCCAGUCAGGGAGGCGCUGAAAGCCCUCCUCGCCCUUGGCUGGACUGUUGAACACGCCGAAGGCGAUGUGCCACUCUCCCAUCGCGGCUCCACCAGAAGGACGUCGAAGCCGAAUCUCGAAUUUCAGGGUGACUCUUCAUCGCCAUUCAACUACAAUCCUCAACCCAUUGACAUGACUAACUUAACGCUGAGCAGAGAGAUGCAAAAUAUGGCCGAGAGAUUGGCUGAGAACUCUCACGACAUUUGGGCGAAGAAGAAGCGCGAGGAGCUCAACACAUGCGGCGGAGCAAUUCAUCCUCAGCUGGUGCCGUACGAUUUGCUGACGGACAAGGAGAAGCGCAAGGACAGAGAGAGAUCCCAGGAGUUCCUCAAGUACAUGCAGUACCAAGGAUUUAAGUUGCACAAGCCAUCUCGCGGUUUGUCUGUGGACGGAGAACAGGCCGGCGGUGGUCCAGCGAUUGAACUGAGAUUUGCAUAUUCGCUGCUUGAGAAGUUGAUCCAGUAUUUGGACAAAGCCACCAUCAAUAUGAAAUUGCUGAAGCCAUCGGCAACGUUCAGUCGGCGAAACUCCUUCAAGACAAGCUCAAGGGACAUCAAGUUCUUCUCGAAGGUCGUUCUGCCGUUGAUGGAGAAGUACUUCUCCACCAAUCGGAACUAUUUCAUCGCCGUGGCCACGGCAACCAACAACGUGGGCGCCGCUUCGCUGAAGGAGAAGGAAAUGGUGGCGGCGCUGUUCUGCAAGCUUGCCAGCUUGCUUCGCUACCGCUUGGCGGCGUUCGGACCGGAUGUUCGGAUCACAGUGCGAUGCCUUCAAGUGUUGGUGAAGGGCAUUGAUGCCAAGUCACUGGUGAAGAAUUGUCCUGAAUUCAUCAGGACAUCAAUGUUGACGUUCUUCAACAAUACCGCCGAUGAUCUCGGACAAACCAUCUUCAAUUUGCAAGAUGGCAAGUAUAGUCACCUGCGAGGAACUCACUUGAAAACUUCAACAUCCUUGGCUUAUGUGAACACCGUGAUUUUGCCCGUCUUGACGGCAAUGUUUGAUCACUUGGCGGCUUGUGAAUACGGUUCGGAUCUGUUGUUGGACGAGAUCCAAGUGGCUUCAUAUAAGAUCUUGUCAUCGCUGUACACUUUGGGCGUUGAUGCUAGCUUGACCCACGAGAGGAAGUAUCUCAAGACGGAAAUUGAGCGUCACAAGCCAAGCUUGGGAUCUUGUCUGGGAGCGUUUAGUUCCACUUUCCCAGUAGCUUUUCUGGAGCCGCAUUUGAACAAACACAAUCAGUUUUCACUGCUAAAUCGCAUUGCUGAUCAUUCAUUGGAGGCUCAAGAUAUAAUGGCUAAGAUGGAGAACUCGAUGCCAACUUUGGAGGCCAUUUUGCAAGAAGUGGAUCAAUUUGUCGAGUCUGAUAAGACAUACAACGAUGCUCAACACAUUAUUGAUGUCAUUCUUCCACUCCUUUGCUCCUAUUUGCCAUUCUGGUGGGCUCAAGGUCCUGACAAUAUUACACCAACAACAGGAAAUCACGUGACAAUGGUAACGGCGGAUCACAUGAAUCAGUUGCUGAAGAACGUGCUGAAGAUGAUCAAGAAGAAUAUUGGAAACGACAAUGCUCAGUGGAUGACACGAAUUGCUGCCUACACACAACAGAUAAUCAUCAACAGCUCCGAGGAGCUCCUCAAGGAUCCAUUCUUGCCGUUGGCCGAGAGAGUGCGAAAGCGCACGGACAACAUGUUCCACAAGGAGGAGAGUCUCAGGGGCUUCCUCAAAUCGGCCACGGACGACACGUCACAAGUGGAGGCACAGAUUCAAGAGGAUUGGCAACUUCUUGUCCGCGAUAUUUACUCAUUCUAUCCACUGUUGAUCAAGUAUGUGGAUUUGCAGAGGAAUCACUGGCUGAAGAACAACAUCCCAGAGGCUGAGGAAUUGUACAAUCAUGUGUCGGAGAUAUUCAACAUUUGGUCGAAGAGUCAAUACUUCCUCAAGGAGGAGCAGAACUUCAUCUCCGCCAAUGAGAUUGACAACAUGGCGCUCAUCAUGCCGACCGCCACGCGCAGGACGCAGGUGAUUUCCGAGGGUCAACAGAACACGGGCGGGAAGAUCAAGAAGAAGAAGAAGAACCGCGACAAGAAGCGCGACAAGGAUAAGGAAGUGCAGGCGAGCUUGAUGGUGGCGUGCUUGAAGCGUCUUCUGCCAGUUGGCUUGAAUCUGUUUGCGGGUCGCGAGCAGGAGCUCGUGCAGCACUGCAAGGAUCGCUAUCUGAAGAAGAUGCCAGAGUACGAUGUGGUGGAGUUCGCGAGGACGCAAAUUACCAUGCCGGACAAACUGGAUCCGGCCGAUGAGAUGUCCUGGCAGCACUAUCUCUACUCCAAGCUCGGCAAGAAGGAGAUUGAGUGCGACGAGAUGAUGGUGGAGAAGGCCAAGAUGGCGGACGACAAGAAGCCCGAGAACAAGAUUGAGGACACCGUGGACAGGAUCGUUGCAAUGGCCAAAGUCUUGUUUGGUCUUCACAUGGCAAAUCGCCCAAAGCAACGAUCUGACAAGUGGCAGCGAAUUGUCUCCCUGGCCAGACGAAAAUCCGCUCUUGCUUGUCUUAAAGCUAAACCUUUGUACAAGAUGAGCAGGCAUCGGGCGUGCAAUAUUUUCGCCAGAACCUACCAUGAAUUGUGGCUUCAAGAGGAAAACAUUGGUCAGGAGAUCAUGAUUGAAGAUCUCACACAAUCCUUCGAGGAUGCCGAGAAGGCCAAGAAGGACGCCGAGGAGGAGGAGAGCAAGCCCGAUCCGCUCACCCAACUCGUCACCACGUUCUGUCGCGGCGCCAUGACGGAGCGCAGCGGCGCUCUGCAAGAGGAUCCGCUGUACAUGUCCUACGCCCAAAUCGCCGCCAGAUCCUGCGGCGAGGAGGAGGAGGAGGGCGGCGAAGAGGAGGGUGGCGGCGAAGAGGGUGAAUCAAGUGGGGCAAGUAUUCAUGAACAAGAGAUGGAGAAGCAGAAAUUGCUCUUCCAUCAAGCUCGUCUCUCGAAUCGCGGUGUCGCCGAAAUGGUUCUUCUGCACAUUUCCGCCUCGAAGGGCGUUCCAUCUGACAUGGUGAUGAAGACGCUGGAGCUGGGAAUUGCCAUUCUCAGGGGUGGAAACAUUGACAUUCAAAUGGGAAUGCUGAAUCAUCUCAAGGAGAAGAAGGACGUGGGCUUCUUCACCUCCAUUGCUGGUCUCAUGAAUUCCUGCAGCGUACUAGACUUGGAUGCAUUUGAGAGAAAUACAAAGGCUGAAGGCUUGGGCGUCGGAGCCGAAGGAGCGGCAGGAGAGAAGAACAUGCACGAUGCCGAAUUCACCUGUGCUCUCUUCAGAUUCAUCCAACUCACCUGUGAAGGCCACAACUUGGAGUGGCAGAAUUACUUGAGGACUCAAGCGGGAAAUACCACGACGGUUAAUGUCGUCAUCUGCACUGUGGAUUACUUGUUGAGACUCCAAGAGUCCAUCAUGGAUUUCUAUUGGCAUUAUUCCAGCAAGGAAAUCAUCGAUCCCGCGGGAAAGGCCAACUUCUUCAAGGCCAUCGGCGUGGCGAGUCAAGUCUUCAACACCCUCACUGAAGUGAUUCAGGGUCCUUGCACGCUCAAUCAACAGGCCUUGGCGCACUCUCGCUUGUGGGACGCCGUGGGUGGUUUCCUCUUCCUCUUCUCCCACAUGCAGGACAAACUUUCCAAGCACUCAAGUCAGGUGGACUUGCUGAAGGAGUUGCUGAACUUGCAAAAGGACAUGAUAACGAUGAUGUUGUCAAUGCUCGAGGGCAACGUUGUCAAUGGCACCAUUGGCAAGCAGAUGGUGGACACUCUUGUGGAGUCGGCGUCGAAUGUUGAGCUGAUUCUCAAGUACUUUGACAUGUUCCUGAAGCUCAAGGAUCUGACUUCAACGCCUAGCUUCCAGGAAAUCGAUCCCAAUGGCGACGGAUGGAUCAAUCCCAAAGAUUUCCAGGACAAAAUGGAGCAACAAAAGAGCUACACUCCGGAGGAAAUCGAAUUCCUCUUGGCGUGCUGCGAAACCAAUCACGACGGAAAGAUUGAUUAUAUCGAUUUUGUGGAUCGCUUCCACGAUCCGGCCAAGGAGAUUGGUUUCAACUUGGCAGUUCUGCUGACCAACUUGUCGGAACACAUGCCAAACGAACCGAGACUCGCCCGAUUCCUGGAGACAGCCGGAUCGGUGCUGAACUACUUUGAGGCCUUCCUGGGCAGAAUCGAAAUCAUGGGCAGCUCGAAGAGGAUUGAGCGCGUGUACUUCGAAAUUAAGGAGUCCAACAUUGAACAGUGGGAGAAACCGCAGAUCAAGGAGUCGAAGCGUGCCUUCUUCUACUCCAUCGUCACCGAAGGUGGUGACAAGGAGAAGCUGGAGGCUUUCGUUAACUUCUGCGAGGACGCCAUCUUUGAAAUGACACACGCUUCGGCUCUGAUGGCAACAGAAGAAGGCGGUCCGAAUGUCAGGAGAGAAGCGUCCUUCAGCACAUACAUAAGCGAAGAGGAGGAAGAGAAGGCUGCAAAAGAUCCGAUAAAGAGAACCGUGCAGGGCUUCAAGGACGGCUUCUGGUUUAUUCUGCACCUGUUCAGCGUGUCCAACAUCAAACACCAAAUUGCCGUGGCGCAGACAAAGUCAAUUCCUGAACUGUUUGUUGGCUUCUUCAAGAUGAUAUUCUAUGCAUUCUACUAUUCCGGACUCGGAGUGACGCUCGUCAUCAAGUACUUCCUUAACAUCCUCAUGUCGCUGAUGCGCGGAUCUGGCAAUGAGGAGGAGGAAGUGCCGCCAGAGCCUGAACCAUCGGGAUUGGUGAGGGCGCUGCCGGCGCUGCCGCAGGAGGAGCCUCCGGGGACAGUGCAGGCUUUCGGCCUAGACAUCAGCAAGGAAGACAAUGGGCAGUACAAGUUGGCGCCGCACGAGUCUCCCACGGCCAGUCCGUCGUCGUCCAUGGAGGAGACGGGCGAGAGUAGCCCUGAAGACGCCGCCGCUGCUGGUGAACAUGGUCUCGAGGAGGGCCAAGAGCCGCCAAUAACACUGGUGGAUCUGCUGGGCGGCGAGGCGGCCAAGAGGGCGGCGCAGGAGCGCUCUGAGGCGCAGAAGCUCCAAGAGGCCGCCAUGGCGACCAUCGAGGCGGAAUCGAAGAAGACAUCAGCUGAGCCGAAGGAACCCGCGGCCGUGACACAAAUUGACUUCUCUCAAUACACGCACAAGAUUGUCAGCUUCCUGGCCAGGAACUUCUACAAUCUCAAAUAUGUGGCUCUGGUUCUGGCAUUCUGCAUCAAUUUCAUGCUGCUCUUCUACAAAGUCACGACCUUUGGCGAGGACGAGGGUGGAUCUGGCGAAGGAGAGCUGGAUCUUGGCUUUGGAUCCGGUGGUUCGGGAUCUGGUUUGGGUUCCAUCUUGGAAGGCAGCGGCGAAGGCGGCGAAGAGGGCGACGAAGAAGAUCCCUUAGAAUCGGUUCACGUUGACGAAGACUUCUACUACAUGGAACACGUUCUGCGGAUAGCUGCCAUUCUUCACAGCACAGUCUCCCUGGCCAUGCUGAUCGCCUACUACCAUCUCAAGGUUCCUCUGGCCAUCUUCAAGCGUGAGAAGGAAAUUGCACGACGCCUGGAAUUUGACGGAUUGUUUAUUGCUGAACAGCCGGAAGACGACGACAUCAAGUCGCAUUGGGACAAGCUCGUGGUGUCGGCAAAGUCCUUCCCUGUCAACUACUGGGACAAGUUCGUGAAGAAGAAAGUGCGCCAGAAGUACAGCGAGACGUACGAUUUCGACUCGAUUUCCAAUCUGCUGGGCAUGGAGAAGUCCGCCUUCACCACGCAAGAGGCCGAAGGCGGCGGUCUCGUGCACUACAUCGUGACCAUUGACUGGCGCUAUCAGAUCUGGAAGGCCGGCGUGACAAUCACGGACAAUGCCUUCCUCUACUCUCUGUGGUACUUCACGUUCUCCAUCUUCGGCAACUUCAACAACUUCUUCUUCGCCGCGCAUCUGCUAGAUGUCGCGGUGGGCUUCAAGACGCUGCGCACGAUCCUGCAAUCCGUCACACACAACGGGAAGCAGCUGGUGCUGACGGUGAUGCUGCUCACGAUCAUCGUAUACAUUUACACGGUGAUCGCGUUCAACUUCUUCCGCAAGUUCUACGUGCAGGAGGAGGACGAGGAGGUGGACAAGAAGUGUCACGACAUGCUCACGUGCUUCGUGUUUCAUCUGUACAAGGGCGUGCGCGCCGGCGGCGGCAUAGGCGAUGAGAUAGGCGAUCCAGAUGGCGAUGACUACGAAGUGUAUCGCAUCAUCUUCGACAUCACAUUCUUCUUCUUCGUCAUCGUCAUUCUGCUAGCCAUCAUUCAGGGUCUCAUCAUUGACGCCUUCGGCGAGCUGCGCGACCAGCUUGAGUCCGUGAAGGAGAACAUGGAGUCCAACUGCUUCAUCUGCGGCAUCGGCAAGGAUUAUCUCGACAUCGUGCCGCACGGCUUCGACACGCACGUGCAGCAGGAGCACAAUCUCGCCAACUACAUGUUCUUCCUCAUGCACCUCAUCAACAAGCCCGACACGGAGUACACCGGCCAGGAGACGUACGUGUGGAACAUGUAUCAGCAGCGCUGCUGGGACUUCUUCCCCGUCGGCGACUGCUUCCGGAAGCAGUACGAGGAGGAGUUGAGCGGCGGCAGCAGCGGCUGAAUCACAUUAUUUCGUUCAUUCAUUUGGGUUGAGAUUUUUGUCUUGUUGGGAGUGUUAUUUGUAUAAAAUGAAUCAUUACAUUUCUGUAGAUUUCGUUAUUUCUCAAUAAAGAAAAAUUCAAUAUUUCCGUUACUCA